AUGGAUACUUGGAUGUUAUCUAAGGCUAUUCGUGCUGGUAGUGAAUGGUCCGAUAAGGAUGAACUACUCGACGUCGUAUACUGGGGAAGACAAGUGUUGUCCCUGAUAAUUGGGAUAGCGUUUGGCGUGACAUCAAUGCAUGGUAUUCUUGCUAUUCUUGCAUAUGUUGCGAUAUCGACAGUGGUUGCGCAACAUUUUGUAGUCAAAUACCAACAGGUGGACGAAGAUGAGGUAGGAGGAUUUUGGGAGCUCGCCAAGGAAGGAUUUGGAUCAGCUUUUGCUACGUUUAUGGUUUCCUGGAUUACAGUAUACUCAGCCGUACAUCAAAAUUCGUAG